GUGGUCAUUGUGGUCAAUUUGUGUUUAUUUAUAAAUAAAACCUAUUGUAAAUUAAGAAUAUGAAAGUUAAUACGUAAUUAAAUCAACAUGAAUCCAAAAAAACUAGCCCAGAACCCAUCAUUGGCGUACACAAGCCACCCAGAUUAUAGAAAACCGCCAAAAAUAGCAAAUCCGUACCUUCAAAGUCUUGGAGCGCCUCACAUAGAUUCAUUCAAUUAUAUGCUGGACGAUGGCUUGAAGUUUGCGAUAGCUGAUCUAUUGCCAUCCGAAUUUGAGUUACCUAGUGGUGAAAAGGUCAAAGUGACAAUCGAUGAAGCAGCAUUCGCUAAACCCAAUGUUCCUAUGGAUACAGUAGGGGUUAAAUCUCAGGUGGUCCUCCCAACAGAAUGCCGGCAGAGAGCUGCUACAUACAAGGGAGAGUUAAAGAUCAGAGUCACUCUGUGCAUUGACGGAAGGUCUGUCACCAUUGAGAGGUCCUUAGGUUAUUUACCCAUUAUGAUUAAGUCUAAAAUGUGUCAUUUGGCUGAUUUAUCACCUGAAGAACUGAUUGAGAAAAAUGAACAUGCUGAUGAAUGGGGUGGAUAUUUUGUAAUAAAGGGCCAUGAGCGUCUAGCCCGUAUGUUGUUGGUUACACGAAGGAACUACCCUGUGGCCAUCAAGCGGUCAGGAUGGAAGAUGCGAGGAAAUCUCUUCUCAGACUAUGGAGUAUUAGUACGUUGCGUCACCUCCGAUCAGACCAGCACGAACAAUGUUCUACAUUUCCUAACGAAUGGCACGUGCAAGCUGAUGUUCUCGUACCGAAAGAUGAUGUACUACGCUCCCCUACUCCUCAUAAUGAAGUGCCUGGUCCCGUGGCCGGAUCACUACAUAUACACACUGCUGCUGCAGCAUAAUAAGAAUGAUUUGUACUACGUCAAUUGCAUCCAGAAUAUGCUCCGAGAGCUCCACGAGGAAGGUCUGCACACAUCCGAAGAGUGUCGCCUGUACUUAGGCAAGAUGUUCCGCUCCAAGCUGUACGAGCUGCCGCCCUGGGCUACCGAGAUGGAGGCGGCCCAGUUCCUCCUGGACCGAUGCGUUAUGAUCCACCUAAAGAACAACACGGACAAGUUCCACGCUUUAGUCUUCAUGGUCCAGAAGCUCUACGAUCUAGUUCAGAAUAAGUGUAAGGUGGAAGGAGCGGAUGCUGUAAUGAUGCAGGAGGUGAUGGUGGGAGGCCACCUCUACCUGCAGGUGUUGAAGGAGAGACUUCAGAAUAUUCUCAAUAACGUCAGGAUACAGAUCCUUAAACGCGCCAAGACAACACAUCGACUGGUCAUCGGUCAUAAAGAGCUUCAACAAAUCCUCCGCGCUUGCGGGAGCCUAGAGCAGAAGAUGGAGACCUUCUUGGCCACGGGGAAUGCGCCCUCCAGCAACGUCAACCUCACGCAGUACAAGGGACUCACCAUCGUGGCCGAGAACAUCAACAGGAUGCGAUAUAUGUCGCAUUUCAAAUCGAUUCACCGCGGCUCGUUCUUCAUGGAGAUGCGCACGACGGAGGCCCGGCAGCUGCUGCCGGACGCGUGGGGCUUCGUGUGUCCCGUGCACACGCCCGACGGCGCGCCCUGCGGACUGCUCAACCACCUCACCAUGUCCGCGCAGAUCACACAAAUUCCCGAUCAAAAAUUAGUGGAUAAUCUUCCUUUAGUUUUACAAAACUGCGGCAUGGAGCCCAUAAGCAGCGUGCUCUGCGACCGCGACACGUACAAGUACCCGGUGUUCGUGGACGGGCGGCUGGUGGGCUACAUCGCGGAGAGCGGCGCCGAGAAGUCGGCCGCCUACCUCCGCACCCUCAAGAUAAAGGGCGAAGAGGUUCCCAUCACUACCGAGAUUGUGGUCAUCCCUAAAAAACAGAUCUGCGCCCAAUACCCUGGUAUAUUCCUGAUGACGACGGAGGCCCGCAUGAUGCGGCCGGUCAUCAACCUGGCCACCUCGCAGUUAGAGCUGAUCGGUACAAUGGAGCAACUGUACCUGGAUAUCGCCAUAACGCCGAACGAGGUUCACAAAGGUCAGACGACGCACAUGGAGCUCUCGCAGUCAGCGUUCCUGAGCAACUUGGCGCAGCUGGUGCCGAUGCCGGACUGCAACCAGUCUCCAAGGAACAUGUACCAGUGCCAGAUGGGCAAGCAGACGAUGGGCACCCCGGUGCACACGUGGGGCGGCACCGGCCCCGGCAAGCUGUACCGGCUGCAGACUCCCGCCGCGCCGCUGUUCCGCCCCGCGCACCACGACCGCCUCGCCCUCGACGACUACCCCGCCGGGACCAACGCCAUCGUCGCCGUCAUAUCCUACACGGGCUACGACAUGGAGGACGCCAUGAUCCUGAACAAGGCGUCGUACGAGCGCGGGCUGGCGGCCGGCUUCGUGUACAAGUCGGAGUUCGUGGAGCUCAGCCACCCCGCCUCGCACUUCGGGCGCGAGGGGGGCCGCGCCGACCCCCCCGGGCCCCUGGACGCGGACGGGCUGCCCGCCCCCGGGGCCCGCCUGCUGCCCGACGACCCCUUCUACAGUUAUUACGACGGUGAGAAAAACAAAUACGUGGUGGGGCGCUACCACGGGAAGGAGGAGGUGAUCGUGGACAGCGUCCGGCUGUGCGGGGACUUCAGCGCCAAGCCGCUGGCCAAGGCCUGCAUCACGCUCAGGAUACAGCGUAACCCAACGGUGGGCGACAAGUUCGCGUCGCGCGCCGGCCAGAAGGGCAUCUGCUCGCAGAAGUGGCCGGCCGAGGACCUGCCCUUCACGGAGUCGGGGCUGGUCCCGGACAUACUGUUCAACCCGCACGGCUUCCCCAGCCGGAUGACCAUCGCCAUGAUGAUCGAGUGCAUGGCAGGGAAGGCGGCCAGCCUGCACGGACACGUGCACGACGCGACUCCCUUCCGCUUCAACGAGAAGGACACCGCCAUCGACUACUUCGGGCGGCUGUUGGAAGCCGGCGGCUACAACUACUACGGCACCGAGCGCAUGUACAGCGGCGUGGACGGCCGCGAGAUGACCGCGGACAUCUUCUUCGGCGUCAUUCACUACCAGCGGCUCCGGCACAUGGUCUCCGACAAGUGGCAGGUCCGCACCACCGGGCCCGUGGACGCGCUGACCCGGCAGCCGGUGAAGGGGCGGCGGCGCGGGGGCGGCGUGCGGCUGGGGGAGAUGGAGCGGGACGCGCUGGUGUCGCACGGCGCCGCCUUCCUGCUGCAGGACCGCCUGCUGCGCUGCUCCGACGAGACCGAGAUGGCGGUGUGCACGUCGUGCGGCAGCGUGGCGGGCGCGCGGGGGGGCGGCGCGUGCGCGUGCGGGGGGCGGGCGGGCGCGGUGCGGGCGCCGCACGUCUACAAGCUGUUCGCGACGCAACUCGCGGCGUUGCACGUCAACUGCAGCCUCAAGUGCGUCGACAAAACUAUACAACAAUAA